UCAUCAAUAUUUCAUCGGCGUCAAUAAGAGGCAGCAGCAAGGAUAGCGGCUGCAGCAGCACUCACGCCAGCUCCAGCCACCGCACGCCCGGAGAGCCAGCCUCCUGUCCCUGCCCGCCACCACUAUGGACGUCUUCAAGAAGGGCUUCUCCAUCGCCAAGGAGGGUGUGGUGGGCGCUGUGGAGAAGACCAAGCAGGGGGUGACGGAAGCGGCCGAGAAGACCAAGGAGGGUGUCAUGUAUGUGGGAACCAAGACCAAGGAGGGUGUUGUGCAGAGCGUGACUUCAGUGGCUGAGAAGACCAAGGAGCAGGCCAACGCCGUGAGCGGGGCCGUGGUCGCCAGCGUCAACACCGUGGCCACCAAGGCCGUGGAGGAGGUGGAGAACGUGGCGCUCACCGCUGGAGUGGUGCGCAAGGAGGACCUGGAGCAACCUGCCCCCCCACAGGAGGACAAGGCAGCCAAAGCGGAAGAGGAGGUGGCUGAGGAGGCCAAGAGUGGGGGAGACUAGAUGGCUGUCAUCAGCGGUGGAGCCAGAGAAACACCCCUGCCUUGGACGCAUCCCCUCCCGCAUGAGGAGUGCCCGGCCCUAGAGUGUGACCAGUGGGCUGCCCCUGGUCCCCACGCCCACAACCGGCUGCCCACAGGCCUGUCCUCCUGUGCUGCUGCCACCGUCUUCACCUCCCUCCCCUCCUGCCCUCCACUCCUUAUGACCCACAGAUGCUGCUGUGAAUUUUUUUUUUAAUGAUUCCAAAUAAAACUCAAGCCCCCGCCCCA